UACAAUUAACGUCGUAUUUCGGUUACAUGUCCUCUCUUCUGGCUUGGCACUACUUGCUGUCGAUAUCUGCAUGCGGUAAAAUGUGUGUUUUUCACAUUUAUUCACGGUGUUAGCAAGUAAGACUAACUUGUUUGAAGGUGGAGUUUGCUGUCCAUCAGCAGGAAUGCCAGGUGGAGAGUACGGGGAGCUCGGGGGCAGCAUCCCUGCCAUCGCCUCUCUCAAUGCUUCCUACUCCACAUCGCUGUCCCUCCCUUCUCCGUACCUGUUGGUACCACCUGCAGAGCGCAAAGCCAUCUCCGACGUCCGCCGCACCUUCUGCCUCUUCGUCACGUUCGACCUCCUCUUCAUCUCCCUUCUCUGGAUCAUCGAGCUGAAUAUCUCCAGCUCAAUCUGGGACAGCUUAGAAAAUGAGGUCGUCCAUUAUAACUUCAGGUCUUCCUUCUUUGACAUCUUUCUCCUCGCCUUGUUUCGUUUCCUGUGUCUGCAAGUGGGUUACGCCGCCUUUCGGUUGAAGCACUGGUGGGUCAUUGCGGUUACCACACUGGUGACCAGCGUCUUCCUUGUUGUUAAGGUCAUCGUAUCUAAUCAGCUCCUGUCCCAGAAUGCCUUCGGCUAUGUUUUACCCAUCACCUCGUUUGUGGUGGCGUGGUUGGAAACCUGGUUCCUCGACUUCAAGGUUCUCACCCAGGAGGCCGAUGACGAAAGAGCCUACUUGGCGGCGGUGAACGCAGCCUGCGAACGAGCCCCGAUGAUCUACCCUCGCGCCGUUUCAGACGGACAGUUCUACUCUCCACCUGAAUCUGUCGCAGGCUCUGAGGAGGAUCUGGAUGAGGAGGGUCUCGGUCGCAGAGCCGUCACUGCUCAGGAGAAGGAGUACGUCAGACAGGGCCGCGAGGCGAUGUCAGUGGUCGAACAGAUCCUCACCCAGGAGGAAAACUGGAAAUUUGAGAAGAACAACGACAUGGGAGACUCUGUCCACACUCUGGAGAUUCCCUACCAUGGAAAGACCUUCAUUCUCAAGGCUCUAAUGCAGUGUCCUGCUGAGCUUGUGUAUCAGGAAGUGAUUCUGCAGCCAGAGAAGAUGGUUCAGUGGAACAAAACAGUCUCUGUUUGCCAGAUCCUUCAGAGGGUUGACGACAACACACUGGUGUCAUAUGAUGUGUCGUCUGGCGCAGCAGGCGGAGUUGUGUCCGCGAGGGACUUUGUUAAUGUUCGGCGAGUGGAGCGCAAACGAGACUGUUACCUGUCUGCUGGCAUGGCAACCGACCAUGACGCCAAACCCCCGAGCGGCCGCUACGUCAGGGGAGAAAACGGACCAGGAGGAUUUGUGGUCCUCAAGUCCAGCAGCAACCCGUCCGUCUGCACCUUCAUCUGGGUCCUCAACACAGACUUGAAGGGCCGCCUGCCUCGCUACCUCAUCCACCAGAGUCUGGCCGCCACCAUGUUUGAGUUCAUGUCGCAUUUACGCCAGCGCAUCGCUGACCUACGGCCCUCUCUGCGCUCACACCACCACCACCACCACCACCACCACAUUUAAAGCAGGAGAGAUUUUCAACACUGCUGGUUGGGAAGUGUCACGACGAUUUCUUUUGUUGUUUUUUUCAAAUAUUUUUUGGAACCCUAUAAAUGGGGCCUGUGACACUUCCUCAGCUGAGGGGAUGUGCGAGUGUAACCGAAAAGACUGAACUCCUGAGAGUGGGAGCUGCGAGACAUUCGCCACAUUUCAGCCAAGACGAGAUCAGGAGGAAUCAUCAGAGACUUUGUUCCUUGUCGUGGAACUACAGCUUUUUAAAGCAUCACAUGCAUAUUUCUGUGUGGACCUGUAGCCGUCUUGCGGUGUCUCUCGCCGUGCAGUGAGAACCUUACCGAAACAAGAAGACUUGGAUGAAAUUGGAGGCGCUUCUCACUUCAGGCAUCUCUCUUGACUUGUUACAAAAAUACUGUUUGCACGACUGAAGCAGCUGUUUCUCUCAGCCUUAUCUCUCUGCCGCUGAUUUCGCUGCUUUUUUCUUUUGAGUUUUCACUGCAUCUCGACUCUCCGGUGCACCCGCCCUGCCUGCACAUCCACAGCCAUAGUUUUAUUUGAAUGGGUAAAAGCUAUUUCCACACUGUUUACUCUCCUCGACUACACUGUGAUCAAUGGGGGAGGCGCUCUGCUGUCUGGUCACCACUAGAGGGAGACACCACUGAUCCAUACUGUGACUAGCUGUUCCACAGUGCAAAAAAAAGUCAACCAUUUAGUCAAGUAUUACUGUUUGUUUUGGUUUGUUUUGCACUUUGGGAUCAGACAAGAGGUCAAACCAGGAGUGAGAUCAGGAGACAAAUUAGACAGAUGAUUAGAUUCAUAAAUUAGUAUGCUGUACACUUCAACAGCUCUCUCUUGUGCCAAUAACCUCAAGUGGCCUUGUGGUAAAAUAGCUGAGCUCAUUUUUUUUGUCACCAGAAGUUAUUACUGUGCUGAUGUAAUUACAAUUAACUUCAACAGAGGACUCUAUUCAGGCCCCACUGAAUGAGGUUUCAUUUCUUACGUUAUGGAGCAUUUCAUAGCUUUUAAUCUUGCCUCCAGGCUGAGUUUUGUAUCAGACUCUGCAUAUCGGUGCAAUGUACGUCAGAAAAUCAUGGUUCAUAAGAGCGGUUCAGAACGGAGCUUUGGUUCAAAUUACUGUGGACAGUCGGUCUUCCUUGUGCGUUUCAGUAUUGAGGCACAAAAGAACUUGUUUCAUACUUUAAAGAACCAUAUUGAAGGGCGUCGCUGUGACAUCCACACGGCCUUGAGAGUUUUACCGAAGUUCUUCAAAACACCCAGAUUAACAGAACGUCUACAGGAUCGAUUUUAGCUACUCACUGUACAGAAGGAAUGUCGAACGAAAUAUCAACAAUUUGGUGCCUUUAUCGCAUUAACGUGUCUGCCUUUUGCUUUAUUACAUGCUGUUAUAUCUCUGCUUAAUACCGUCAAACAAAGACGGACUACACGAAGAAGAAGCCUGCUUAGAGUUCUUGAGUUACUGUUUUCUUUAGUAGUUUUUGAAUGUCUGUAUAUCAUUCUUCACACGUUAAUUUAUAGCCAUUCACCACUGACCAACAGUUUUUACUGAGUCUUAACCAGUGUCUUAUGUCUAAUAAAACAUUUGAAGUCA